ACCCAUGAAUAAGCAGAAACGACGCUGUUUUUGCUCAAAGUACACGGCUUGAUUUAUACGCUGCUAUGGUUGUUUGUGCUUUUACCCGGUUGCUGGGGGAGCCACACAAGUAUCACAUCUCUUUUUAAUUUGUUUCUUUCCAUUUGCUGCCUAGCCUCCAGGGAAGGGGGCGGAUAUUCCGCAUCUCCACCCUCCACCCCGCCCGCCUCUGCACUGGAGGAAGAGAGAAGGAGGAGAACCGCAGACCGACCGACUGGGCGGGAGGAGGUGACGAAGUGUGCCGGACAGUGAGGGGCGAUGGCUGCCGGUGCAGGAUGCGGGGAGUCGGUGGACCAGUACCGGGCCGAGGUGGAACGACUCGCCCGGGAGCUGAGCGAAGCGAACGGGGAGAAGAUCCGUGCUGCAGAGUGCGGGCUGGCCGUCCUGGAGGAGAACCAGGCGCUGAAGCACAAGUGUGCAGAACUGGAGAGCGAGCAGGAAGCUCUGAGGAAGGAGUUGGAACAAUUACAGGAGGCGUUUGGCCAGGCCUACAGCAACCAGCGGAAGGUGGCCGAGGACGGUGAGAGCAAUGAGGAGACGUUACUGCAGGAGUACGCCUCCAAGGAGGCGAACUACAUGACUCGGAUGUUGGAACUGCAGACGGAGCUGACCUUGAGUCGUUCUGUGGCUUCCAAUGCACAGUCAGAGAAUGAGAGGCUCAACGGACUCGGGCAGGAGCUGCGAGAGAGCAACGAGAUGCUGGAGCUCCAGAGGAGCAGGAUGCGGGAGGAGAUCAAGGAGUAUAAGUUCCGAGAAACCCGGCUGCUUCAGGAUUACACGGAGCUGGAGGAAGAGAACAUCACCUUGCAGAAAUUGGUCUCUACGCUCAAGCAGAGCCAGGUGGAGUAUGAGGGUCUCAAACAUGAGAUUAAAGUGCUGGAGGAAGAGACGGUUCUUCUGAACAGCCAGCUUGAAGACGCCUUACGUCUGAAAGAAAUCUCUGCGGGACAGUUGGAGGAGGCCCUGGAUGCCCUCAAGAGUGAGCGUGAGCAGAAGAAUAAUCUGAGAAAAGAGCUGGCCCACCACCUCAGCCUGAGCGACAGCGUCUACGGAGCAGGCGCCCAUAUCGCCCUCACUGUCACCGGCGUGGAAGGCCUCAAGUUCCCAGAUGAGGCCAGUGGAAGCGGCGGCGCCAACAGCGCCGUUCCUACUGCCAACGGCAACAAUGACGACUGCAGUUGGCACAACGGCCACCUCCACACAGGUGCUGUGUUGGCAAAAAUGAAUGGAGAUUACCGACCUGGACGGAAAAGCGAAGGUCUGCACCCAGUGCCGGAUCUGUUUAGUGAGCUCAACCUGUCUGAGAUGCAGAAGCUCAAACAGCAGCUGAUACAGGUGGAGCGUGAGAAAGCAGCCCUGCUCAUGAACCUGCAGGAGUCGCAGACCCAGCUGCAGCACACACAAGGCGCCCUGACUGAGCAAAGCGAGCGCGUCCAUCGCCUCACGGAGCGCGUCAACGCCAUGAAGCAUCUCACCGGGGGCAAAGAGCUGGAUGACUCCCGGGAGAGUGAAAAACCCGAGGGAGGAUCGUUGUCACCGCAAGCCAAUGGUCAUGGUGAUGUGGACAUACAUGGCUUUCAGGUCCUGGAGUGUAAGUACAAGGUGGCAGUGACUGAAGUGAUCGACUUGAAAGCGGAGCUCAAGGCCUUGAGGGAGAAGUACAACCAGGCCGUGGAGGGGCAAGGAGGCGCUCACUGUAAUGACAGAGUUCAAGCGCUGAGCGAGCAGAUAACUCGAUUGGAGAGCAGCUGUCGCGAAGGCCGCGAGAGGGUGUCCAGUCUAGAGGCGGAGCUACGAGCGGCCAGCAGUACCGCCACGGAGAGCCAGGGCAUGUUGAACACCGCACAGGACGAGCUGGUGACCUUCAGCGAGGAGCUGGCGCAGCUCUACCACCACGUGUGUCUGUGCAAUAAUGAGACACCCAACCGCGUCAUGCUGGACUAUUACCGCCAGAGCCGAGUCACACGCAGCGGCAGCCUAAAAGGUUCAGAAGACCCCCGAGCUUUGCUUUCACCUCGCCUGGCUCGACGCCUGGCCGCGGUCUCGGCUCUGUGCUCCCCCGAGGCCCCGCGUACCCCCAUGGACUCCCCGUCUAAAGAAGCUCAUCACAGCGAUGCGACCACCAACGCUGUGGAGGCUCCAGCUCACCACAGCAGCCCCACCCGCCACCCCAUCAUCUCCACUGUUGCCAGUUUGUCUCCAUGCCCGUCAGCGGUGCCCUCUGAGGCUGGGGGAGACUUGCGGAAGGAGCCCAUGAACAUCUACAACCUGAACGCCAUCAUCAGAGACCAGAUCAAGCAUCUGCAGAGGGCCGUUGACCGCUCACUGCUUCUGUCCAGGCAGAGGGCUGCAGCUCGAGAGUUAGCUCCCAUACUUGAUAAGGACAAGGAGUCAUGUUUGGAGGAACUCCUCAAGCUCAAGUCCCUGCUCAGCACCAAGAGGGAGCAGAUAGCCACACUCAGGCUGGUUCUGAAGGCCAACAAACAGACGGCUGAGGUGGCACUGGCUAAUCUGAAGAGCAAGUACGAGAACGAGAAGGCCAUGGUGACAGAGACGAUGAUGAAGCUGAGAAACGAGUUGAAGGCUCUCAAAGAAGACGCCGCCACCUUCUCCUCUCUCAGGGCCAUGUUUGCCACAAGAUGUGACGAGUAUGUUACCCAGCUGGAUGAGAUGCAGAGGCAACUGGCUGCAGCAGAGGACGAGAAGAAGACGUUGAACUCCCUCCUCCGCAUGGCUAUACAGCAGAAACUGGCUUUGACGCAACGCCUGGAAGAUCUGGAGUUUGACCACGAGCAGAUCCAUCGAGGCCGCGGCGCUAAGGUGCCCAAAAUAAAAAGCAGCCCUCCCAAAAUUGUCAGCAGCCUGCUUCCUCAGUAUCGUCAUUCUACUCACAACUAAGGCGAGGGAGAACCUCCCUAAGCCGCAGUCCUAGAUUUAGGUCUGGCUUCCCGGAACACAAAGCGGUUCUGUCCAGCAGUCGGAUCCCUCUAUCCCCAUGUGACCUUCGGAACUGCCUGGCCCGUGGACCCCAGCACCCAGGCACCUAACCCAGGCCCGGUUCCAAGUCAUGUGACCGUUCCACCACCUUGGGGCGGACGAGGAAUAGGAAUGUGACAAAUACAAAUCUUUGUAUUUAUUAGGACUGAUAAUAAUGGUGAGUAUUUAUUUAUUGGAUAUUUAUUACAGUAUUACUUCUUUCCUCGCUCCUUGACUGUACCGCAGUAAAAGUCAGUACUCCAAGGUUGGAUGAUCAGUCAAAAACUGCAUUGGAAAUACUUUGAUUGCCAUCCAACUAGUAGAGUCGGUGACAAUGGAAGCAUUCCUUGGGUGGUGAUGGCUGGAUUGAAAGGAACCUCCUAACCUCACGAGUCUUCUUUGGAUGCUUGGAUGCUUUUUUUUUUUUAGAUAUAUGAAAAUAUUUUUUGCAAAGCAUGAGAUUUUUUAUAACUUAUUUUCUUUUUUUCAUUGUAUAGCAGACUCCAGAGAUGUUAGUUCACGAUAGGCGGAUGUUUGAUAUCAUUCUUUUCUUUAUUUUAAACUGCACAGGGUCAUGUGACCACGUAGGGACCAGACCUCCCGUUUUUUUAUUACUCUGAAACAACGUGCUGUUCUUUUAAGCAGGGGUCGGGAACCUUUUUAAAAUGUAUUUCCGUCAAAGCCAUAUCAUGUUUUUUAACGUUGAAUUCAAGUAAAUGCGUGCAUUUUGAAGUAUGAUCAUGAGUCGUGGAUUUUCUUCUUAUUAAUAACGUUCUACUGAAGCUAACCAGGAAUAUCUCACGGUGCUCGUCGGUAUCCCUUGUCUUUCUGUGUCAAAAAAGGUUUUGCUCAGCAGAAUUAGCUACUGUUUGAUAAAAGGAUGGAAAUUGACCUGUCUGUGACCCGGGUAGGCUAUUGCACCAUCCAGUCAUAAUCAUGUUUUGGCUUAUUUUUAGGUAUAAAAACAUCUCAAUUUAAGAUUAACAAUGGUUUCAGCAGGUGUUAAGAAACGUGUGAGAGCCGAUGCAGUCACAUCGUUGGUUCCCUACUCCUGCUUUAACGGUGGCAACAUGUCGUGUAUUUUUGUCCAAGUUCUUCCAUUCUUAUCGUCUUUUCUCAACCCGUAUGGUAUGGUCCACAUGAAAGCCCGACCAUCCGCUUCCUCCACGAUGUAUGCAGUACUGUCCAAGCACAAUUGUACAUGCCAUAUGCAUCACAGCGAUGAUCCAGCUGUGAUGUGCUUCAACCUUCACCCUUCCUACACCCUUCAUCACGAGGGAACUACCCAGGCCGUUUUAUUUCCAUAGCACCAACUUCCAACAGACCUUAUCUCAAGGCACUUUACACCUGGAGCAGGUCUGGGACCACGCCCCUCAUGCAUUAACCAUCCAAUUCCGAUGAGGUAAAACACCCAGCAGUGUUUCUAAAUGGCUCUUGUUGUUGUUGUGUGAAUUUGUGGUCCAAAAACAUUCCCAUUGUGUUUUCAUGGAGGCUCGCAGGUGACCCAGCCUCCUUUGCCCGUUUGCACAAUAAAGCAGGAUAGAUGGCGAGUGAUGGAGCAUCUGUUUUUACAGUAAGAAUAGUCCUACGUUGAGGUCCUCCUUUUAAAACGGCAUUUUAAUUGCUUUCACAAUUAAAGAACAGAAAGAUUUGGGUGGUGUUUUUGUUCUAUUUUUGGCAUUUAACAUGUUAAAUGUUAACUCAUCAAUGUGCCUUGACAAAUGUGAUGGUGGUCACUUUUGAUUGACACAUGUAGAAUGGAGUGGUGAUUCUACUAUUUUAUUACUUGACAAAAAAUAUUGUA